GGCGGCGGCGGGCGAGCUCUCAGCCCGGCUCGUCCGACGACACCCUGAUGGACACGCUCUCGCUCGCCGACCUGGCGGAGGCGUCGGCGGCAGAGGCUGCGGCGAUGGCGGCGGCGACGCGGCACGGCCGCCGGUUCGCCACGCGGAGCGCCAAGCGCGCGCGGUUGGUGGACCUGGAGGCGACGCUCGACGCCGGUGGGCCGGAGGCCAUGUUCACGCAGGUCACCCUCGCCGAGGUCCACGCGUCGGAGCUGCAGGAGCCGGGCGACGGCGCGAGCCCGCUGGACCGGCACCACGGGGCCGCGCUGCUGUGCUGGCUGAGCGACUCGACGUGCAUCGGGCUGAUUGAGCUGGAGCGGGCGCCCGGGAUCGGCCAGCUCCGCCUCCACGCCGCCUCCUCCAAGUCGCAGUGCACGCGCGAGCUGUGCGGCGCCAACGACUGCUGCAACGAGGAGGCGUUCGUGGUGCAGGUUCACGAGCCGCGCGGCGGCCGCCGCUCCUUCAUCGCGCGGCGGGCGGGCGUGGGCGACUACGUCGUCUUUGCCGGCCGCCACCUCCACUUCUCCACCGCCCUCGUCCCGGGCGAGGCGCUGCGAGAGCAGGCGCUCUCGCGCUACUUUGACGCGCUGCCCGAGGCCACGCGCCGCGACGCCGUCGUCUGCGUCGGCCGCAUCUCUCUCACCUGGCCCAGCCUGCUCGCUGCGGCGGCAGCUGACCCCGAGCGAGCCGGCGCAGAGCCUCCGCUGGCCUGGCCGGGCGCGCGCACCUCCUUCGAGGGGCGGGGCAUGGGCCCGCCUCGGAGCCGCCUCGGAGCCGUCUCGGACUUGCCCUGCGUAGGCCCCUCCCGGCUCGAGGGCGAGGAGGUCCUCUCGCCGCCCGCCGGCAGCCCCUUCGCCGGCAGCCCGUUCGACGCGGCUCUCUCCGCCUUUGGCGCCGCGCCGGCCGGACUCGGACUCGGGCUGGGCCGCUUCGGCGCCGCCUCGCUCGACGCUCUUCGGCGCGGCUCAACGUUCGAGAGCGGGUCUGCCUUCGACGAGGAGCGGAGCAGCGGGCCGCUCGCGCUCAGCGGCCACAGCCGCCCGAGCGAUGCCCUCGACCAGGAGGGGUACGCCGGCGACAAGUCGUCGGGCGCCUCGUCGGAGAACGAGGUCGAGUCGUCGGUGCGCUCGAUCCUGCCGAUGCUUGCGCGGGUGGCAAUGCCGACGCCGCGCUCCUUCGGCUUCGACGAGCUUGCGACUGUCGCCAUUCCGUCUCACACGGCUGUCGUCGACUCGAGCGACGCCACUGUCGCCGGCACUGCGGGAUCUGCUUCAGCCUCCGACGGCGCCUCCAUGCUGGACAGCCUCUGGACGAGCGUGACCGGCGACAAGGAGUACGAUCUGCACGAUCGGCGAGUGACCGUGCUGACUCUGCACAUGGAGGAGAUGGCCAAGCAGGCCGAGGUGUCGGCAAAGGAGCUUGCGGCAGCCAAGGCCACGAUCGCCGACUACGAUGCCAAGGCCAAGGCCCGCGGGCCAAUGGAGCGCAAGCUCUUUGCGAAGCUCGAGGCGACGCAGCUCGAGCUGCGGAAGGCGCGCGAGGCGAAGCGGGCGGCGGAGGCGCGGGCGGAGGCGCAGGCCAGCCGGCAGGCGUCGAGCGAGCCGCCGCCGGGCGUGGCCGCUGCCGCCGGCUCCAGCGACGACCCGAGCGCCGGGCUGCUCGCGAGGGCGCGCGCUGCUGACGCGGGCGACGGGCGCGCAAGCCUCAACCGCAGGCACGUGUCCGCUGAGCUGGCGCGGAAGAGCGCGAUCGGCGAGGGGCUGGCGCACGCGCGCGACGCGCUCGUCGCGCGAGCAGAGGCGGCCGAGGAGGCGGUGCGGACCGCGCGCAGCGCUGCGCGGGCCGAGGCGCGCGAGCGGACAGAGGCGGCGGCGCAGAGGCUCAGCUCGCAGGCGGGGGGACCGCGGUGA